AGUAUCCAAACAAAGUGAUAGUUUCACCUGAAAUAAUUCUUUUACCUUUCCAGUUUCCUCAACAUUAAUUACAUAUUCUUUGUUUUCCAUGAAAAUCCCUCCAAAGAAACCUCACUUUCUCAAACCCAUUUUGCCAGGUUUCAAGAAUGGUCUUAAAAUUCCUGUUGGUUUCUUGAAGUAUCUGAAGGGAUACAAGCAUUUUAAAGAAGCUGUACUGAAAAGGGAUGGUAAGGAGUGGCGGGUUAAGCUUAAUAACCAUCGAUUCGAAGAGGGUAAUUGGGGAAAAUUUGCAGAGGAGUUUGAUUUGCAAUUGGGAAAUAUAUUGGUGUUUAGACAUGAAGGAAACAUGGAAUUUGAAGUUUCCAUACUUGAUUCAACUCACUGUGACAGAGAAUAUCCCGUGUAUCUACAAGAGGAUGCGGAAGAGGAGGAGGAGGAUGAGUACGAGGUGGAAGAAGGUGAUGGGGAGGAGGAGUACGAGGCGGAAGAAGAAGAGGAGGAGGAGGAGUACGAGGCGGAAGAAGAAGCUGCUAGACAUGACAAGCCUUGUAAAAAAUCUCAUUUUGAAUGCACUAUUACACAAUAUUGCCUUUUCAAAAAUUUCUUGUUUCUGCCGCUACAAUUUGCACUUGCAAAUGGUCUCACCAACAAGAAGUGCAGAUUGAUUUUAAGAGAUGAAAGACAAAGGUCAUGGAAAUUAAAGUUGUGUAAUUCCAACAAUCGUCGAGCUCGAGCCUAUAUUGGAGAUGGAUGGCGUAAAUUCGUUGCUGAAAAUUGUUUUAAGGAAGGAGACCGUAUUAGGUUUGAGGUUAUCACUAAUGGAAAGACACCAAUAUGGAAAUUUCAAUUUGUUACUGAUGGAGAAACACCAGUGAGGAAGCUUCAAGAAAAAAUGAGCCCCAACCGUGACUUGUCAAAUAAGACUUCUUCCCACGCAGAAGCUGCUACUAACAAGCCGUGUGUUCAAUCUCGUUUUGAAUGUACUAUAAGACAAUACAGUCUUUCAGCAGGUUACUUGUAUCUGCCUCAAAAAUUUGCAAUUGCAAAUGGUCUCACCAACAAGAAGUGCGGGUUGAUUGUAAGAGAUGAAAGACAAAGGUCGUGGAAUUUAAAGCUAAGUUCCGGCAGUUCUCGAGCUCGAGCUUACAUUGGAGGUGGAUUGCAUGAAAUCAUCGCUGAAAAUUGUUUAAAGGAGGGAGAUCGUAUUAUGUUUGAGGUUGUCACUAAUGGAGAAACACCAAUAUGGAAAUUUCAAGUCGUUACUGAUGGAGAAACUCCAUUGAAGAAGUUCCACGAAAAACCGAGCCAAGGCAUCAAGUUGUCAAAUAAGACUUCUUCCCAUGCAGAAGCUGCUACUAACAAGCCUUUUGAUCAAUCUCAUUUUGAAUGCACUAUUAAAGAAUAUUAUAUUUCAAGAGGUGUUUUGUAUGUCCCUAGACAAUUUGCAUUGGCAAACGGUCUCAUCGACAAGAAGUACGAUUUGAUUAUAAGAGAUGAAAGACAAAGGUCGUGGUAUUUAAAGCUCUGUUAUUGGGAAACUGAAGUCUAUAUUGGAGAUGGAUGGCGUAAAUUCAUUGCUGAUAAUUGCUUAGAGGAAGGAGAUCGUAUUAUGUUUGAGGUUGUUACUAGUGGAGAGACACCAAUAUGGAAGUUUCAAGUUGUUAGUAAAGCAGAAACUCCAUUGCAGAAGUUUCAAGAUAUUAUGAAUAAGUCCUCGAAUACGAGUCCUCUCAAUGCACAAGUAUCUACUUCAACUUCUGGUGAUGAUGAUCAUCCUUAUUUUAUUUCCACCAUUAAACCUUAUUGCAUCAGCAAGUCAGAAUUUUAUUUUCCAUUGGAUUUUGCAAAGUCAAAUGGAUUGAUGGAUAGAAAGUGUGAGAUGAUUCUUAAAGAUGAAACAGAUAGAUGUUGGUCAGUGUGGAUAGGGAGAGUUGGAAAUAACUUUGGAAUUACGCGUGGAUGGAUAAAAUUCAGAGCAGAAAAUGGAUUCCAACUAGGAGAUGCUUACAAGUUUGAACUCAUCAAGAAUGGGGAAAUACCUAUAGCACAAUUCCAUGGCAAAUAUUCUGCAAAGGUUGCAAAGUGAAAGAAACAGUGAAUCAACUUGACUUUUUUUUUUUCCUUCUAAUUUUGUCGAUCCAAUAUAUUUUGUACAACCUGAAAUACUAAGUAUGAUAUUAGUAAGUUGAUGUUAUUACCAUGUACUGGUUAGUAUAUAUACUUACUGAUGAUGUUUUGUUCCUUGAAUCCAUGUAAGGUAAGUAAACUCUGAUACCUAUAGUACUAGUCAAAAGACAUGGGCUUAGCCAGCUUAUGCCCAGGCCUCAUAUCUUUUUACAUGCUUUC